GCAGACGAAGGCGCCGUCGUCGACACCGCAGUCGCUCGCGGGACAGGGAUGUCUUCGAGCCGCAUCAUGCCAGCGCAGUUCCGCGGGCAUUGGCCCUCUCUGCGGAGCCUCCUGCAAAAGAUCAGCCUAUUUCCACAGUCAUGCUGCGGAACAUACCCUGCAGGUACACACAAGGGUCCUUGAUGCAAGAAGUCGACCAGCUGGGCUUUGAAGGCUGCUACGAUUUCUUCUACCUUCCCAUG